AUGGUGGAGAAGGCGGCGUAUGCCUUCGGCGAAGAUCUGGGCAACGCCAAGUUCAAUUUCCCCGAAAAUCCACCGAAGAUCGAGAUCCAGGUUGCCGCCGGCCGCUUUGCCCUUGCGUCCACCGGCGCCGAGACCUCGGGUCAGGUCGACGAUCUCGACUCCCAGUCGAACUCGCUCUCCUCGUCAAAGGCACUGCAGUACGCUGAGUCGCCGUGCCCGUCGAUCGUCAACGCCGUGCAGUCCGAUCAUUACUUCCAACAAAGUUCGGAUGACGAACUUGGCACAUCUACCUUCACACCUCUCCAAAAAUGCACAGUUGUUAUUCGGCAACUUGCAUAUGGAGGUGCAACUAACCAAUACGAUGAGUAUUUGCGUAUUGCAGAGUCUACAUCGUUGGAGUGCUUGAGUAAAUCCUGUCGAGUCAUCGUCCAACUCUUUAGCGCAGAGUACUUGAGGAGGCUGAUGUCCGCUGACUGUCAAAGGCUUUUUGCACUGCACGAGUAUGGGUCCGGGGAUGCUAGGAAGCCUAGAUUGCAUCACUGGGCGUGGAAGGAUUGUCCAGUGGCGUGGCAAGGAGCAUACAUUCGAGGUGAUCAGGGGGAGCCAACGAUCUUCCUCGAAGCUGUCGCAUCCCAAGAUAUGUGGAUCUGA